AGCAGGACUGAGGUGGCGUUCGUGUCGCAAAACUUGGCAGGCUGGUUGAAACAUAUACUUACUAGGCUCCCAAGAAAAAGAAUGAUAAAGGAGUCCUUCGGCGUAGGCCCAAGUAACAAAUUCGUGGAAAGAAAUGUGUUCGUGAAGCACGGCAGCUUUCAGUUUAUGAAAAACGUAUGAAAAGAUGUGUCAAAACGGCUCAGAAGUACGUUUCAAAAAACUGACUCAAGAUAGAAUGCCGAAGAUUCUUAUGAUUACACGGUCCUAGUGAAAGAUGACAAGACUCUUGUUUCUUGUUGUGCGACUUUGGAAAGUGUUGAGGUAACCUCCUGCGAGCUCUUUCUGCUCUCGCUGUGUAGACUGAAGACGGUUUUAGCGACGAAUGAUAUGAUUAAUCAUGGAAGACUAUAGAUUUUGAGUGGAGUUCUUGGGAGUCAUGAUCGUAUAAAGAAAUUUUUACGCGUUUGUGUCCUCUCAAGUGAAUCGACUGCUCGUAAAAAUGCAACAUCAGAAUGGUGCUGACAGUGCUGACGGGUGUACAAAGAUCUUGUACUAGCUGACCACAAAUCAUCCUCGCAGACGGUGCGGUUUCGUGGGACGAACUACUAUAGCGGCUCGGAAUACCUUGCAGAGCGGAGGACCAACUUCGUGCCCACUUAGAGGCAAACGCUGGUUCUCAUUACCACUUUCCCCUCAACACGCAGAACAAGACAAGGAAGAAAAGCCGUGGUCGUCCCGUCUACUUCUGUUCCUACCUUCCGACCACUUGCUACUAGUACAGCAUUUUACAGAAGGGAUAGCAAUUAUUAAGUACUAGUAGUCCACAACGACGAACCAAAGAGCCGGAUGUCGGGUUCUAUUGCGCCCCAUGUGGGGCAGAUUAUCCAGAAAUACAUAGUGGAAUUUAUGGAGACCUUCGAUUACCGGGAAGAAAAUGGCCAGAAAAGAGGAUACUACUACGAUGCAGUGCGGGAAAUGGCAGACGAGAACAAUUAUGGUCUUCAUGAUGUGGAAGAGGAAAAUAAGCUUUACAACUUCUUAGCCUGCAACGAACAUGGUAAUAAAUUGAAAGAGCUGGCUCACCGCAAUUGCAAGUCACUUCAGUCAAGGUUUGAAUGAAUUUCGAUAUUUUUUCUGCGAUAUGAUUUGUAAAGAUGGUCACCAUUCAACCUUAAGGACUAAAUCAUUCGUUGUGUAGUUGUGACUGAUCCAGCCACCUGUAGCCGUGCACCCGUAGUCCCUAACGAGUUUCUUUCUCUCUUCUAAUUCUGGAAGACGCUGUAUUUGGAUUUCCGACAUCUGGACGCGAUCGGGGACCAGGGUGCCGAGCACCAGCUGAGCUACAACAUGGGCGACUUGAAAGAGGUUCUCAAUUACAAAUUCUACGAUAUCCGCGUAUAUCUGGACCAAGCAGUACCUCAGUUUAUGCGCAUAGUAGGCGAGCACAACGAGAAAGUGCAGAAUUACGUGUCCUCGAAGCCGCACAGGACAUGGAACCUCGCGAUAUUCAACUUCCCCGCGCGCACCCCAUUGCGGGACUUGAAUAUGGAGCACGCAGGCCAAUUGCGAGAAAUCAGUGGCACAGUCACGCGGACCACCGAGACGAAGCCAGAGAUUCUAGUCGGCUGCUUCGAUUGCGGUACUUCUCAGGCUUAUAUUUGGUUUAUUUUUAUCUUUGAGAUAUAAAGAAGGACUAGUACGAGAACGAGUACUUCUAGGUUUCGGAAACGAUGAGCAUUAGUGAUGGGGCUACUCCGGCGUGUUGUAGAUAAGCAUCAGUUAUUUUCUUUUAAUUGGCUUAAGUUGUAGGGUCUAAACCACUACUGUAGAACAAAAAGGCAUAUUGAACAGGCAGUAUGCAUAUUCUCCUAACCUUACUAAGGUCUUUGCGGUAACGAGAUCACAAACGUUACUCAAGAGUUCAAAUUCACAUUGCCACCGGUAUGCCCAACCCUGGGUUGCAACAAUAAGCGGAAUUUUCAGCUAAAGCCGGAAGCGGAUGGUAAUAUACUUCUUAUUGAUCUAUCCUUGCAUUGACAGUUGUAUUUAAUCUGAAGCCGAGUUCUAUGCCUAUCAUAAUUGACAGUGAGUGUCAGGAGUUGGACAAGACUCUUUUUAUUCAUCUGAGCUAAAACUUCGAUUAAGUAUCCAUCCUAGGUACUGAGUACGGCGACUGGCAGAGAAUACGAGUGCAGGAGUCGGAGCACGAGAUUCCAGCAGGCAGUAUGCCUCGAACUCUAGACGUUAUCCUCAGGGGUGAACAAUGUGAGACGUGCAAAGCCGGUGAUAAAAUCGCAAUAACAGGUUCCAUUUCAUCUUCAAUUUUGUCGAUUUUUUUCUUGGAUCUCAAGCAACAGAGGCAUCUAUAGCAAGUGGCUGCUUGUGUGGUACUAGUAAAGACUUCAGGUUUUUGCUAUGUGAUGCUCUAUUUUCUUCAUCAACUUUUCACUCAUAUUGCACAUGGGAGAACAAAUCCCACAUACACAUGACUUUGAUUCUCUUCCAAUUCGUUCAAUCUCGCAGGUACGCUCAUAGUCGUCCCCGACGUACCGAGUUUGAUGAAGCCCGGGGAGAUGAAGCAGAGCAUUCGUCGUGACGUGAACAAACGCCAUCGAACGAACUACGUGGAGGGAAUUAGAGGUGCUUUGCUAAGAUAGACUACGAAGACGAAAAUUAGUAUGUCCUUUCGGUUAAAAAUGCUGUUGUGAAUAGACAAAUAGAGUAUUUAUGAUUUUUUUGGAAGUUUUUCAUUCAUGAUAAUUGAUUCUUCAAUUGGUUAUAACAAGCUGGAUGCAUAUGUUCUUCUCACAAGACGCCUCACAACUGCGCUCCAAGGUCUGCGGGACAUGGGCGCGCGGGAAUUGACAUACAAAGUGAUGUAUGUGGCGAGCGUUAUCCGGAAGCUCGAUCAGGAUGUAGACACCUUGGGAAACACCGAGGAUCAGAAAGUGACUUCACGGCUCCGACUUACCGAGGAAGAGAAAGAGCGGAUUACGACUAUAUCGAGGCAUGUAUCCUCGAGAUUAAGCACACUUCCUUUAAACUGGAUGUAUGAAAGAUCUGGUGACAACUUUUGUUGAUUGUAUCCAUAAUUUGCAGCUUUGCCGUCUAUGAAUGAUACAACGACCACAACAAGGCAAGACACUGACACUCACUGGCAGCGUCUCAACAGACUUCUGACGAAUUUCUACAAUGUAUUGAAUCUCCACCAGGUGAACGAAAAGGGGGAGCGGGACACAUUUGAUAUUUUAGCACAGGCAAUAGCGCCAAACGUACAUGGUCAUUUGAAUGUGAAGAAGGGUCUUCUCUUACAGAUGAUUGGUGGGGUGGACAAAUUUACUCCGGAAGGGAUUAAACUGCGCAGCGAUAUUAACGUACUUCAACUUCUUUUAUACUGCUGCUGAGAACACAUCAAGAAAAGGUCUGUAUGAUUUGUCAUGUCAUAUUUAGAAAAGUGUACUGUUGUAUAGAAGAUGACAAAGGUUUUUUCUGGAUUGUGAUGCAGUUUCUCGAGCUUUGGAAAUGGUUUAAAACUAUUGAACUUUCGACGAAUGCGGAGCUCCUCGUCCACUACGGUCUACAGGUGUGCAUUAUCGGCGAUCCGUCAACGGCAAAGUCACAAUUUUUGAAGUAUGUUGCCAGCUUUAUGCCACGUAGUGUGUACACAAGCGGCAAAACCUCGACUGCUGCAGGUCUCACUGCGUCCGUCACAAGAGAUGAAGAUGGACGGAAUAUGGUUAUAGAGCCUGGCGCGCUUAUGCUUGCCGAUAGCGGUAAACACAUACCAUUUUACUCAAUGUGCAUGACUAAAGAUUUAAUUGGUACCUUAUGAGAUUCACUCAAGGAUCAAGCAGACAGCAUUCACUAAGAUCAUAAUGCUUGGAGCAGUUACAUCACAGUCACCACACUCCAACGUUGAUUCCUAUUAAGGUAUCUGUUGUAUCGACGAAUUUGACAAGAUGGAUCCUAAGGAUCAGAGUGCUAUUCACGAAGCGAUGGAACAGCAGACCAUCACGUUGUCGAAAGCCGGCAUCCACGCAACGUUGAAUGCCAAAUCUUCGGUGCUAGCAGCCGCAAACCCGACGAAGAAUACCUACGUUAGGGCUCCUUCUCCUAAUGCAGUCCAUCUUCAGAAGAGUCAUCUUCGGGGGUAGGGAGGCUUGCUUCGCAAGAGGACACAAAAAGAGACCCUCCAGGAGGAUGGACCAACUUCUAUAUUAUAGGAUGGGAUGCAUUAGGGCCGCGAGCUCUAACUAUGACACGAGUAAGACACUAGCGGCCAAUGUGAACUUGACGGCGCCAAUCAUGAGUCGGUUCGACUUGUUCUUUAUUUUGCUGGAUAGGCCUGACGAUAGGGCGUUGGACCAGGCAAUCGCGAAGCAUUUGAUCAAAAUGCACGUUUGCUACGACCAUCCGGAGGUGGAACAGACAGAGGAGAUGAACAUCACCCAGGAGGAACUGAGGAAGUACAUCGCGAGUGCGCAAAGAAUACAACCCAAAAUCACGGAAGACUCACGCCGCGUGCUUGUUCGUGCCUACAAGAACCUCCGUCAGCGCUCGCAGAGGGAUCCCGGUGCUUACACGAUCACGGUUCGUCAGUUGGAAUCUUUGGUGCGGUUGUCCGAGGCUAUUGCGCGGCUUUACUUAUGGUUUGAUAGUGGGAUUUUGAUGAUAUUGGGCAGAAUCAGAGUACAUAGGUGAUACCUUGGUUGACGAGAUCCAUUGCUAGUAUUGAUCUCUAAUUGCCUUGGAGGAGAACAUUACCAGCGAGUAUGUCGAAUUCGCACUGCAGCUUAUGGAGGAGAGUCGAGGCAAUAGGCUUGGAGAGGCCAUCAAUCUUGAUAUGGACGAUGAAGAACGAGAGGAAAUGCGGCAAGAGCAAGAAGAGGCAGGAGGAGAGGGAGACGAAGGAGCGCAGCAGGAGGAGAGCCGGCCAGAAGGGGAAACGGCACAAGGGGAAACAGCAGGUGAAAUUGGGGAGAGCACAGCUGGUGGCCAACCCACCGCGAAGCGCAAGACGAAAGCGAGAAAAUUAGACUUCGCAGAGUACAAACGAGUCGUCAGCGUACUCAUGAGCAAGCUUUAUGUCGAGGAAAGAGUUUGCACUAAAUUAGAUAUAUGGUAAGAUAACAAUGGUACUUCUAGCUCUAGUGCCUUGUUUUAACUAACAAAUGUAGCAGGGCAGCUCAUCUUCCUCUGUUAGGAGAUGGAUGUGAUUAUCCUUUUCUGGUACUCGUACAAUGCCGGAAAAUUUUUACAGAACAUCGGAACUACAAGUUAUUGUACCUCUACUCGUUUGGUUUGAUCUCAAAGAAACAACAAACAUAUGAAUGUUUUUUUCUCUUCAUACUACUGAGGACGUGGAUGCGGAUGGCGUGCCGGGUAUCACCGAGGACGACUUGAUCGGAUGGUACUGCGAGAAGCUGGAGGAUGAGAUCGAGAAUGAGUCUCAGCUACUGGAGAAAGAGAAGGAAACCCGAAUGAUCAUUCGUCGUGCGAUUCAUAAGGAUCAUGUUAUCAUCAUUGUGGAGGAAGAUCCAGACAAACAAGAGAGCAAGAACCUGCUGAAAAAACAUCCGAACUACGUUAUGUACACGGGAGGCAUCGCAGGCAACAUUACGCAAACCCACUUGGAGAAAGAAAAAAAGAAAAAAGACGAAAGGAAAAAAGACAAAUAAAAUAGAGCGUUUUGUGCUGUGAUGUGAAAGAACUUUCUUGAUGAACUUCUGGCUGUGUGUGACGGUACUUCAUCACCUGACACUUCUGUGAUGAAAUGUCGAUAUUUGGCACGCUUGUACGUGGAAAGUGCAAGACGCGUCUGUUUCCCGUUUUCUGAAUUAUUUUGACACAUGUUUCGAUACUAUAUCUCAACCACUUUUAUUCUCGCGUCUAUUGGCACUAGGAUUUCCUAGUUUUUUUGGAACAAGAACAGCAAUACCUCAGCAUAAGAUGUCAGUUUUUUUUGUGUCGAUGUAUCUACUCAUCAAGGAUCGCUAUUUUGAACACGUCCGCUUGGAGGGAGAGUGAACGUCAAGCUUCUCCCAGCGUUGUCUUCAUGUCACUUAAUAUUUAUCCGCUCCUAUGUUUGAACGAUAGUUAUGUUGACAGCUCAUGAGCAAUGCCUCUUUGAGUUGAACUGUCGAAUUGUGGUAAGUUUUCUCUUGCAAGAUGAUGGAUUUUGCCAGACGAUUGAGACUAAUCGAUCCCCGCUUGUUGGGUGUCAGUCUAUUAUUGAAUACCAUAACUACAAGUCUCUGGUUCUAGUGAUCGCUUCUUAGAAAAAUACAGAGAGUAUUACAAGAAGCGGGGCGGCAAUCAAUAAGAGAUUCCAGCCAAGAUGGGCAAGUGCAGCCGGG